AUCCCUGACACUGAGAGCAUAGGCAUCGCCAGCCCCCGGUCCCAGCAAAACGACGCUCCGAGCUUCCAGAGUCCCAAGUCCAACGGCACAAUUGGCGCCGAAAGUUAUCUCAGGCUCCUCAGGUUGGAAAAGACGUACAAGAAGAGAGCCAAAUAUUGGUCUCAGAUCGGAGGUGAUGGUCCGAUGUAAGACUGUGGCUCUGGUGCGCAACUUCUCUGGUGAUUUCAGAACGUUGCUCUCAAACUCCGUUAAACUUGUUAAAUGGCAUUCAACUAGUUUACUUCAGCCUGAAACUCCAGAAACUUGUUCAGAUUCAGCUGUUCUAGAGGACAGCAAGUGGGACAAUUUAUGCAUUAUUGACGAUAUUAAUCUUCUUCGUCCUAGUUUAAACUCCAAAACAGGUCUUUAUGUUCUUGAUCUUAUAGACAGCGGUUCGAUCGAAGCGGACCGGACACUGUACAAUAAAUUGCUCAAGAGAUGUACACGAUCGGGGAAGCUUGAUCAAGGAAGACUAGUGCAUUCCCACAUUCUUGGUUCCAAGUUCAGAGAUGAUAUUGUUAUUCAAAAUUCGGUUAUUUACAUGUACGCGAGGUGUAAGAAUUUGGAAGAUGCUCGCAGGGUGUUUGAUAAAAUGACUUCCAAAGAUAUGGUCACUUGGACUUCUUUGAUAACUGGGUAUGCCCAAAAUGAGCGUGCUGAAGAUGCACUUAUGCUGUUCCCUAAGAUGCUCCGUGAUGGGUUGAAACCAAAUGAAUUUACAUUGUCAAGCCUCGUAAAGUCUUCUGCUCUUUUGCCUAGCUAUAGGGAUGGGAGGCAAAUUCAUGCAUGUUGUCUCAAGUACGGUUGUCACUCCAAUGUAUAUGUGGGGAGUUCACUUGUUGACAUGUAUGCUAGAUGUGGCUGCUUGGGUGAAGCACAGGAAAUUUUUGAUAAUCUGGUGAACAAGAAUGAGGUUUCUUGGAAUGCUUUGAUAGCAGGUAAUGCAAGGAAAGAUGAAGGAGAGGAAGCUCUGUCGCUGUUUCUCAAGAUGCAAAGGGAAGGUUUUAAACCAACUGAGUUUACUUAUUCCUCUCUUUUUUGUUCUUGCUCUGCUUUGGGAUCUUUGGAGCAAGGUAAAUGGCUUCAUGCACAUUUGGUAAAAUCAGGCAGAAAGCUUGUUGGCUUUGUAGGGAAUACUCUUCUUCACAUGUAUGCAAAAUCGGGCAGCAUUGAGGAUGCCAAAAAAGUUUUUGCUCGAUUGGUAAAGGUUGAUUUGGUUUCUUGGAAUUCGAUGCUCUUCGGAUAUGCCCAACAUGGGCUUGGAAAGGAAGCUGUGCAGCAGUUUGAGGAAAUGAUAAGGGUUGGGAUUGAACCCAAUAAUAUAACAUUCCUCUGUGUUCUUACUGCUUGUAGCCGAGCUGGACUUCUGAACGAUGGUAAAUAUUAUUUCAAUCUAAUGAACAAGUACAAAGUAGAGCCAAAAGUGUCGCAUUAUGUGACAAUGGUUGAUCUUCUUGGCCGAGCUGGUUUUCUUGAUCAAGCUAAGAGAUUCAUAGAAGAAGAAAUGUCAAUUGAACCCACUGCAGCCAUCUGGGGAGCUUUGCUUGGUGCUUCUAAAAUGCAUAAGAACCUGGAAAUGGGUGCUUAUGCUGCUGAACGUAUCUUUGUGCUUGAUCCUUCUGAUUCAGGGCCUCACAUUUUGCUUGCUAAUAUGUAUGCCGCUGCUGGUAGGUGGGGGGAUGCAGCACGAGUCAGAAAGGCAAUGAGAGAGAGCGGGGUAAAGAAGGAACCUGCUUGUAGUUGGGUUGAGAUUGGGAAUUCUGUCCAUGUAUUUGUGGCUGAUGAUGAUGCCCAUCCCCAGAAAGAAAAGAUCCAUAAAAUGUGGGAGGAGUUAAGUCAGAAAAUUAAGGAGAUUGGCUAUGUUCCAGACACCAGUCAUGUGCUUCUGCUUAUUGACCAACAGGAGAAGGAAGGGAAGUUACAGUACCAUAGUGAGAAGCUAGCUUUAGCAUUUGCGCUUCUGAAUACUUAUCCCGGAUCCACUAUACGUAUUAUGAAGAAUAUUAGGGUUUGUGGUGAUUGCCAUUCGGCAAUCAAGUAUGUCUCACUGGCAGUGAAAAGAGAAAUCAUAUUGAGAGACAAAAAUCGAUUCCAUCACUUUCGUGAUGGUUCCUGCUCAUGUGGGGACUAUUGGUAAUGCUAAUUGCGAAUGCAAUGUCCCAAACUUCUGUGCAGAUAUAACCCAAGAGAAGGCUAAGGCUCUUUCCGAGUUGGUUCAAAGAGAAAUGCGCUGGCAAAUGAGAUAUGCCCAACUGCCUUCUGAAGCUGAAGGUGAGAUUAUGGUGCGAAUCCAUUUCAGUAACUUUAGACUUAUUUAGAUAUGUUAUCAGCUUUUACUUGAUUACCCCUACACGCAUAUACAAGAGGGUUAAAUUCUUCUACUUCCGUACAUAGUUGAAGUAUAACAGAAGGAAGAUAGGUCCGAAAAGGAGGAUAAGAAAUCAUUUGCUCUUUUUAUCAAAAAGGAAGAAAAAUUCUUUGCAUGAAAGCUCAAAAGAGAUCCCCAUUCCUUCUCUAAAAUUCGUUUGGUUAAAUGGCCUUGGGGUGGAACAAUUGGGGAUAAUUUUGGACGAGGGACUCGGAUGCCAUGAGCGUAUGGUAGAUCCAUUGCUUCUAUAGUCAUGGACUUUGCAUAUACGGCUACUUUAUCUUGUCUGUGCUAUUUGUUCCAAACUUAUGAGUCAACAUCAGCAGGCCUUGUUAUGAGUUCAUGGACAGAACAGACUGAGAUCAAAGCGAAGAACGUGAGAAUGAGUCGCUUCUUCAAGGGAUGAUGCUCUUCUCUCAUUUUAGACCAAAGCUUAUAAAGGCCGAUCAGCAUGUUGAAGUUGGACUUCUUUAAAAACAGAAUUUCAGCAUCCUCGUGUGUCACUGCUUCUAUGGUUGCCUGGCCCAGACUUCACAAGUUUGUGGAGGGCCAGCUCCAUGCCUCCAUAUGCUACGACGGUCGACGGGUCAAUGUGUUCGUUGGUGACAAGACUUGGAAAACAUUAUAGAACAAUGAAAGCAACUUCAGGUGCAAAAAAGCAAAGGGAUUCUUCAAAAUUUUUUCAUGCACACGCGUUUCUAUAAUAAAUUCGAUUCUGAUUUUCCAUCUUUGUGGAAUGGCUGUCCAAAAUCCAAAUAUCCGGAUUUAAAUUUUUAAUUUUCAUUUUUAAAAUAAGAAAUCAUUUUUGGAUAUA